AUGACUCUGGCGGAGUUUCAACAGAUCCACGAUUUCCUAAUUGAACUGGCCCUUAGAGGUGGCCAGAUGAUGUUAGAUGCAAAUCCGUCGGCUUCUACCUCCGGAUCGAAAAAGAACUCUGUCGAUCUAGUCACUGAUACAGACAAGUCCAUCGAAAAGAUGGUACUUACCAACCUUAAAUAUAAAUACCCGAACUUCGAUCUUCUUGGAGAAGAGUCUUAUAUUCCGGGACGCAAAAUCAGCGACAAUCCGACUUUCAUUUGCGAUCCUAUCGAUGGAACAAUCAACUUCGUUCAUGGGGUUCCCAACGUCUGCAUCUCCUUGGCCCUCGUCAUCAACAAAAUUCCCGUCGUAGGUGUCGUCUACAACCCUUUCCAGAACCGUCUCUUCACAGCAAUCAAAGGCAAGGGUGCCUUCCUGAACCGAACCGAACGCCUCCCACUCCGAGACCCCAAUGAACCACUACCAGGUCUGAACAAGGCCCUCGUCGCCAUUGAAUGGGGAUCCGAGCGAAAGGGUAACAAUUGGGACGUUCGAACAAAGACCAUGGUCAAACUUGCAAGCCAAGGUGGUACAAUGUGCCACAGCGUUCGAUGCCAAGGAAGUGCCGCUCUUGACAUGUGUGGGGUGGCGGCUGGAUACCUGGAUGUCUUCUGGGAGGGUGGCUGUUGGGCCUGGGAUGUCGCUGCUGGAUGGUGCAUCCUUACCGAAGCCGGUGGUAUCGUCGCAGAUGCCAACCCUGGCAAUUGGAAGCCAUCAGUCGAGGGCCGAAAAUAUCUCGCUGUUCGCUCAGCUCCACGAGAGGAUCAAAUCGCCGUUGUCGAGGAGCUCUGGGAUACGAUGGAGGGGCGUUUCGAAUUCCCUGGCUUCUGA